AUGGCCACUUCCAAUGGGGGAUUUCUUCAAACUGAUUCAUCCACUCCACCACCAUCUCUUCCUCCUUGGCUUUCCAACUCCAACGGUGGCUCGUCGCUCCGACCGCCUUCCCCGUCAGUCACCUUAACGUUAUCUUCCCCUACAGUUCCAGCCUACACUCCCAUCCCCUGGUUGCAACAGCCAGACAGAAUGCCAGAAAACAUACCUCUUGUAUUAGGCAAUUUAGCACCUCAAAUGUCAAUGCCAUCAUGUGGUGGUAGCCUCUUUGCUUCCGAGCUCGUCGAGUGCUGCCGAGAGCUCGACGAAGGCCACCGUGCUUGGGCAGCACACAAGAAGGAAACAGCAUGGAGGUUAAGAAGACAAGAGUUGCAAUUGGAGUCGGAGAAGGCGUCUCGGAUUCGACAAAAGAUGGAAGAGGUUGAAGGGAAAGUAAAAGCUCUUAGAGAAGAAGAGAAGAUUGCUUUGGAAAGGAUUGAAGCUGAGUAUAAGGAACAAUUGGCAGGGUUUAGAAAAGAUGCCGAGGCUAAAGAACAAAAGUUGGCUGAGCAAUGGGCUGCUAAACAUAUGAGCCUUACUAAGUUUCUUGAGCAUAUGGGAUGCAGGACUAGAAUUGCUGAGUCAAGUGGGAGGUGAGAAAACCAAUUGCCACAAUUUCAAGUUUUGUGAUUGCCUCUAUGAAUUUCUUCAUGGGAAAUUCUUUCCUUUUCAAUCCCUCUUUUUCUUUAUAUUUUUACUUCCAUUUUGUAUCUAUUGACAUCUGAAAUUAUGCAUCAAUGUCAUCCUAUAUUUGCUUUGUAAUUGAUACUCUUGCAAGCAAAAUGUCAAGUAUUUUUUUUCA